GGCCGAAUGACCCCACCAACUGAAGUCUGACCCCAAUGCAACCAUCUUCAUCAGCUGCAGCCCAACGGCAAAGACAUAACAUCUCCCGCAUCCCAAUCCGCCAUAGGCAUUGGGCCAAUUAAUACUGGAAGUGUAGUUCCCAGAUGACAAAUGCACUGAAGCGCUUUUGUAAAAGCAUACAGAUAAUUGGGCAGCGCAAAGAUCUGCGGUACCCACAUGUGGGAGCAACGGCACGUUGAAGCUCCGGCACAGGGGUCAGUUACGUGAUUUCAGGUAAGCCACGGGAGAGUCGAUCGGGGUGAUUAGAAGACAUAACCUCAAGCAAAGCAGCGAUCAUCAUAUGAAUUCCGUUCAUAUAAAUGAUAGAGCAGAGCCUCAACUCCGCUGAACAACUCAGCAUUAACCACGCCAAUCAAUACAAACACGUCCAAAAUGUCGAAGCCUUACUUCCUCCUCGCUACAGGCUCCUUCGCCCCAGCAUAUUUCUACGACAAUCUUGUCGAGCAGGUAAAGGCGCGAGGAUAUGACAUGAAGGUCAUACAUCUUGCAACCGUCGGUGUCGGUCCAGGACAAGGACGUGACACGCCACCCGCGACAAUGUACGACGACGCCGCUCUCAUCGCCAAAGAAGUUGAAGCGCUCGCAGAUGAGGGGCGAGAGAUCAUCCUCGUCGCGCAUUCCUACGGCGGCAUGCCUGCGACGGAGAGCACCAAGGGCCUCUCAGUCCAGGAGCGGCAGAAGGCGGGAAAGAAGGGAGGCAUAGUGAGACUCGCGUACAAGACUGUCGCCGUGGCAACUCCAGGCCACUCCACAGCCGAGGCGCUCCCCGCACCACCCGCAGAUAAACCUCCAGUGCUGGCACCGGAUGAGAAAGGUUGGCUGCACUUCACAGACAUCGAGCGCUCGGCAGCGACGUGUUUCUCCGACGUGCCCACCAAGGAAGAGCAAAUGCGCUAUCAGAUGCAAUUCACUUUGCAUUCCGGCGUGAGUUUCGCGAACCCGCUCACGCACGCGGGGUAUAAGGACGUGCCGGUGUCGUAUCUAGUCUGCGAGGACGACUUGGUCAUUCCCGCGGAUUGGCAGAGGAAGGAGAUCGAGAUGCUCAAGGCUGAGACUGGAAAUAAGGUCGAUGUGACGAGCAUCAAGGCGGGGCAUUGUCCGACUAUCAUGCAUCUUGACAAGGUGGUUGAUUGGUUUAUGCAUGUUGCUGCCCAAUGAGUCGUGUACGGUGAACGUUUAUUGAUAUGGCUUUGAGUUGAUAGCUUCGUAGCAUUCAACUUGGAAUAUCCCAAA